AGUGCCAACACUCCUAUGAGAAAAGACGGGAGAGAGAGAGAGAGAGAGAGAGAGAGGGAGGAAAGAAAAAGCAGGUUAUUUAUAACGCCAGGCUGCGUUAGGGUCUCUUCAGUCUCUCCUGCAAACUGUCUGCUGCUAGGAGGUCACUCCCAAAAAACCUGCACAGCCCGUGACCUGCAAGCACAGUGUUUGAUCUGGGAUCUAGGGCGGGCACCAGCCCUCGCACACUGGGAGACGCACUCACAUGCUGCUUGACACACGGGAGAUCCCAGAGCAGCGCAGUGAGGCUUUGGAAAGGAGGCUCUCCGCUUGGUCCCUCCAGCGCCAGCACCAUGCGUUGGGCCACCAUCCUGCUCAUCGCUGGGCUCUGCGGAGCCUCCCUGGGCCAGUACAAUGAGGAGGAGGACCUGGCGUGGCUGCAGUACUACAUGCGGCAGUCCCGGAUGUCCUCCUACAACUACAUGCCCUACUAUGAGGAUGAGAACAGCCCCUACGUUUACUCUUACCUCCCAGCCCCAGACACUGAGGCAGAGCCUGGCCCUGAAGCUCAGCAGGCCUCAUCCUGGCAAUGUCCUCAGGAGUGUGACUGUCCCCCCAACUUCUCGUCGGCCAUGUACUGCGACACACGCAACCUGAGGUACUUGCCCUUCGUCCCCACCCGGAUGAAGUAUGUCUACUUCCAGAACAACCAGAUCACCGCCAUCCAGGAGGGAGCUUUCGAUAACGCCACUGAGCUAGAGUGGCUCGCACUGCACAACAACCAGAUCAGCAGCGAGAAGAUGGGCAAGAGGGUGUUUGCCAAACUCAAAAACCUGGAGCGGUUGUACAUGAACAACAACAACCUCACCAAGAUGCCCAGUCCCUUGCCCCGGUCCCUGAGGGAGCUCCACUUGUCUUACAAUCAGAUUUCCAAGGUCCCCUCCAAUGCUCUGGAGGGUCUGGAGAACCUCACAGCCCUGUACCUCAGCCACAACUACAUUUUUGAGAUGGGAGCAUCUCUCAAAGGGCUCAAGUCCUUGAUCCUUGCUGAUCUGAGCUACAACCACCUCAGGAAAGUCCCUGAUGGGCUCCCAAUGGCUCUGGAACAGCUCUACCUAGAGUACAACUACAUCAACACCAUCCCUGAUGACUAUUUCAAGGUGUCUCCCAAGCUGCUCUACGUAAGGAUGUCCCACAACAGCCUGACAAACCAAGGACUCUCUACCAACACUUUCAACAGCAGCAGCAUCCUCGAGCUGGACCUGUCCUACAACCGGCUCCAGAAGAUCCCCCGGGUCAGCACCAACCUGGAGAACCUCUACCUUCAAGGGAACCAAAUCAACGAAUUCUCCAUCAGCAGUUUCUGCACCGUUGUGGAUGUCAUGAACUACUCCCGGCUCCAGGUCCUGCGGCUCGACGGGAAUGAGAUCAAGCGCAACGCAAUGCCCCCCGAUGCCCCACUGUGCCUGCGGCGUGCCACCGUCAUUGAGAUCUAGCCCAUCCCCGGCCCCGCUCUUCAGGACUUUGCUCCCUCGUCCCCAGGGAGACACUCACUCCCAUUUUAAUGCAAGCUUGACAGUUUGACUUGGCUUCUGCAAUAGUGCAAUAAGGGUGCUCCGAUGCCAGUCCAUGCAGGGGGGCAGGAUCCGCUCAUCCCUAAAUCCCCCACAUACUUCCUGGCUCUCUGGCCUCAUGGCUCCCACACAGCCUUGCCCCAGCUCCAGUCCGUGCAGGAGGCAGCAGGGAAGAAGAGCUCAUCCCAUCUCUGAAAUGCAGCACUGAGCAGCCAGCUCCAGGUGUGGGCCCUGCAGAACCACCCCAGUGGCUCCCCCUGGGCCAGGGUUUGGUGGUUGUUUGGAGCUCAACAGGUAAAGGGUUACAGAUUUCCUGACCACCAGCAUCCCUCUCUCUAGGAUGUGAAUAAGCAAAUUUUUCUCCUCAUUUUCCCCCCUUUCCCUGAAUCUCCUGCUCCAAACAUCAAGCCAAGAGGAAAGAAAUCUCUCCUGCUGAUGCCCAGCAGCCUCCAGCUGCUGAGGUCAGAGAGAAACUCCCCUAGAAGCAGCCGUGGCCAGAAGGACCCUCGCACCUUCCCAGGUUUUGGGACAGGACUGGGGCUGAGGUAUGGGCACAUUGCAGUGCUGUCACCCUACAGAGCUCCGGAUCCAUGCCAGGAGCAGCCCCGUCCCCACUGUCCCUGCCCAGGCACUGGGUGCUGCCAUAAGAGCAACUAGGCCACAUUCAGGGUCUGCACACAGCCAUGUCCCCCUAAUCUGCCAGCACUACCUGGUUGCUGCGUGCCACUCAGCUGCAGGUGCCCCAGCUUAAGGAAAGCAGCCCCAGCAGAUGAGGUUUUGAACCAGGCGGGACCCACCCGGGUUUAACAGGGGAGGGUUUCACUGCUCCCAAAAUCCUGGCACCUGACCCCUAUGCUCACUCACACUACAGGAUCUGCCCUGCUCCCCCCUGCCUGCUGGCACGGCUCUGGGCUUCCCACCCAGGGAACUGGGCUCUCCCAUUAAGAAUAAACGAUGCAGCAGUAAUGUCUGCAUGGGCAGCACAUCUCAAUUUAUUGAGAGCCGAAACACCCACUUGGUUCCUUGGACAGGUUUACGGAGAACCAAAGGGGCAGCCAAGCUUUGGAGAUGACCUGCAAAGCCAAAGAGGUCAUCCAGACCCUCUGCAUUUAAACUGCAUGCUAACACUAUAGAAACAAAAACCCCAAAAAACCUGCACUAUCACCGGCGCAUGAACUGUAGAUAUCAUACCAACGAAUAAAGCCCUUUCUGUAACUGCACAAGAUGUGUCUGAGGAAUCCCACUGUGGCCGCUUGGAGCACCGCAUGCAGCCGCUUGCAGCCCAGACCCUGUGCAGUGAUAACCUCGUGCAAUGUGUCGGCUGUCUGGCAGCUGCUGCGGGCACUGCAUUGCACUGCGCUGUGGAGUUCAUAGAAUCAUGGAGCGGCUGGAGUUGGAAGGGACCCUUCAAGGCCAUCCUGUUCCACGCCCUGCAGUGCACAGGGACACCCACCACUCCACUAGUGCUCAGGGCUGUCCCCUGCCCUUGGCAGUCCCUGGGGAUAGGGCACCACCACCUCUCAGGGCAGCCUGUUCCAGUGCCUCACAGCCCUGAUUGCAAAAGCCUUCCUUAUAUCCAACCUAAAUCUCCCAUCUUUUAGUUCGAGUCCAUUUCCCCUUGUCCUAUCACACAGACUCUGCUAUAGUCUGUCCCCUUUUCUUACAUCCCCUUUAGAUACUGAAGGCCGCUCUCAGCUCUCCCCGCUGCCUCCUCUUCUCGGGGCUACACAGCCCCAGCUCUCAGCCUGUCCUCGCAGGGAGGUGUCCAUCCCUGGGACCAUUUUCGUGGCCCUCCUCUGGACGCGCUCCAACAGUUCCACGUCCCUCCUGUGCUGAGGACUCCACAUCUGGACGCAGAGCUCCAGGUGAGGUCUCCCAGCGCGGAGAAGAGGGACAGAUCCCCUCCCUCGCCCUGCUGGCCGCGCUGCUUUGUAUGCAUCCGAGAUACCGUCGGCUUUCUGGGCUGGGGCCGUCGGGCAGCGGGAGAGGCACCCCGGCCCCAUCCCCUCUGCGUCCCAUCGCUGCCCCCCGCAGUCACAACCCGCUCCCUGCAGGGACAAAGGGACAUGAGUGGGGCAGACGCGGCUGCGCAGAGCCAACGCGUGGGGCUGGUGCUGGGCUACCCCGAGGGGACGCUCCAUCCUUCCCAGCGGGGCGACCGCAAUUGAGGCUUGAUAGCAGCGAGAGGGUCGGACUGCAUCCCGCAGGGGUGGGGGCAAGGGGCAGAGGGUCUGUGCGCUCCCCCUCCUCCGUACUCCCCCACAAGUGGGAGAUCCCAUUGGUCCUGCGAGCCCGCUGGCGCCCAAUCAGCGCCCUGUUGCUGCGCAGAGGACGGCAGGAUGGGGGCUCGCAUCCCUUUCCUCCUCCUCCUCCUCCUCCUCCUCGUCCUCCUGUUGCUGGGAGGAGCGAGGUCCGGGGGCCGCAGCAGUGUCCCCCCGGGGAGGAGGAGCGCGGGGCUUUGUCC